AACCCGGUUAGAGUGAGAGAUAAAUGGCGUUCGCCGUCCACAUCUAUUAACUUUGAUGUGUUUGCGUUUGGUGUGUAAAUAAUAAUAAAAUCGUUACAAUAUUUACCCGUUCCGGGACAAAACUUUGUACAUACGCGCGUCCACAAAUACUCUAGUCACAUUUAACCAUUUUUUUUCUCUGUCAACGGUUGCAGCGACAACAGCGGCCGCCAUCACUGUUCAUACUUUCACACGCGGACCGCGGCUACAGCCGUCAUCUUAACAAACUGGAGGACAUGACGCAGCAACCGAAUGCCAAUGGCCGGUCCAAUGGACCCGGCCGAGAUGACGAUAAGAAACUGUUUGUCGGUGGCUUAGGUAGAACCAUCAGCGAAAAAGAAUUGCGUGAGUACUUCACUCAGUAUGGCGAGAUCGAAAACAUCAACAUCAAGACCGACCCGUUUUCUGGACAGUCCAGAGGAUUUGCAUUUGUGCAGUUUGUUAAUGCUAAGACUGUUGACGAUUUAUUGGCYGUUGGUGAUCACUUUAUUGCAAACAAAAAAGUUGAUCCCAAGAGGGUAACAAAGAAAGUCAAUCCACUGCGUUGUAAAAUUUUUGUUGGAGGCUUAACUACUGAAAUGACUGAACAAGAUGUACGGAAUUAUUUUCUUCAAUUUGGUCAAAUAUCCGAGUAUCAACAACCUUUUGAUAAAAUGAAAAACCAAAAGAAGGGUUUUUGUUUCAUAACGUUUGAGGAUUCUGAAGUCGUAAAUCAAGUUUUGAAAAAUCCCAAACAAGUUAUUAAUGGUAAAGAAGUAGAUGUUAAAAAAGUCAAGUUCAAUCCUGAAACGAUGACAGCUCCUGGAACUAGGACUGGUGGUUCAGUAGGUGGUGCUAGAGCACCUGCUACUUUUGGCUUGAGACCAGCAUACCCUGGUUAUAUGGCACCAGCAGCUGCUUCCCCCUAUGGUACUGCUGCAGAUUAUGGUUAUGCAGCUAAUGCUUAUGAUGCAUAUGGUGCAUAUGGUGGAUAUGACUACUCUGCAAUUGGCUAUGGAGGAGGCACUGGUGGAGGCGGUGGUGGUGGCGGUUAUCCAGCACAAGCCUAUGGAGGYGGCAAAUAUCGAGAAGCAACAUAUCCUCGACAUGCACCUUACUAAAUUUAAGACGCAAGUAUAAUGUUUGACGAAUAAUUCUGGCGGACACAUUAAGACUGUGUUAUAAUUAUUCAAUUUUCACCACAUUUCUGUAUGAUAUAAAAUACUACCAAUGAAACAUAACACAAAAUUAUAUGUUUUACUAUACAAAAGUUUGUUAUUAAUUUAUAACAAAAUAAUAAGCCUAAUUGAACAGGUCAAAUAUUAAGGUCUAAUAAUGAUGUAAAUAAAUAUUUAUAAUUUUUUUGUAUAUCAUUUUAGUAACCUACUUUGAGGUACUUUGAAGUUAGUGACUUUAAAAGUAACUUCAGUUUAAACCUUUACCUAUGUGGCAUCCUUGACAUUUGUAAUUUUUGAAUUUCCUUAAUAUGUUGAAUAUUUGUAUUUUUUUGUUGAAUAAUUUUGUAUGAAGUCAUUAUAUUUCUGGCUUCUACUAAGUUCAUUUUGGCUUUGUGAAUAUUAAUCUACUUUAGUAGAUCUAAAAUAUCAUGGUCAUAUCUUACUAUUUCCAUGUUUAUGUUGAGUGCUAAUUGCUUAACCGACAAAAAUUAUAUUUUAAUAGUCAAUUUUUUGUUAUUUUUUUUUUGUAUAUUUAUAUUUAUAUAUAUAUAUAUAUUAUAAAAAAUUAGUAUGUAUAUUCCAAAAAUGGAGUUAUUCUUUGUGUGUUACCACAUCUUUAGUAUUAUAUUUUCAAKACUUGUUUCUAUUAAAAUUUUCAGUUUAAAAUUUACAAGGGUUUUAUUAAAUAAUUUAAUUUGGUCUUCUGAAUGUAUGUCUGUUCAUUAGGUUGUAUUAGAAUUAAGUUAAAUUUCAAUUCUUUUCUUAUAAUCACGUUUAAUUAAUUUUUGUGUGCUUUUUCAUAAAUAAUAAAUAUCAAAAAUCCUAAAUGAAAAUAAUAACAUAAUGAUGAUGUUUUUUUUUUCAAUUUUUUUUUUCUUUGUCAUGUUACAAUUAUUUGUCAAACUUUUUCUGUUUGUAAAUAAUGUAUUGUAAAUUAUUUAUUUUUAUUUUUUUAA